GCCCGAUUUCGAAGAGGGCGCAGACGUUCGUAAGAUUCGGAAAGCGAGCACAGACAUUUGUGAGAUUUGGCAAGAGGGCACAGACUUUCGUUCGGUUCGGCUGAUUCGUAUCAGAACAACAACAGCUACACCCAUCUCCACCCAUCAUCCAACAUCAGCAUCGCGCAUUGAUCUCUAUAACUCUAAGCACUGGAACUCUAUACUCAAUCAGUGA